GCGGAGCACGAAGAGCAACGAGCCGACUGACGGACCGUCGCAGCGAAUCAGCCUUGUUUUUUUGGGGGGGGGAGCCGCAACAAACGGCGCGGACGCUCGGUGCCGAUAACUGCUCCCGGUCGGCGGUCACCGACGGUCGGCUGGAGGAUUUACGCUCAGCUCUCGGCGUUUGAUUUUGAUGAUUUCUUCCUCCAUGUUUGUCGAAGUUUCCGACUGUCACGUCUUAGGUACGGACCCUAAUCUCCACCGACUGAGAGAUCGAUCGGUUUAAUUCAACACUAAAUAAUUGAACACUUAGAUUCUUAGGCAGCUUCUUUCUUUUUUGAGUGUUUUCUUCUUCUUCUCCUCCUCCUCCUCCUUCUUCUUCUGCCGGAGCGGUAACGGUAAAGGCGACAUUCGGACCUGCCUUCGCCAUGGGGGAAUAGCGGGGGACCUCUCUGCAAGCGACCCCGUGUUUUUGACUCUUUCGUGGUCAUUUAGAAAAGACAGAGCGAAGUUUUUUUUUGUGUGUGUGUGUGACUCAAACAAUGGGCAUGGACGGUUGCCCGCUGACGGUGGGGAUUUUUCUGUGGUGUCUGCUGGUGACUUGUGGCUCCAGCUUUGAGAUCGUCUCCUACGACCAGGAGCGAGGCAGACCGGCCAAGUGCGAGCCCAUCGUGAUCCCCAUGUGCGAGGGGAUCGGCUACAACCUGACCCGGAUGCCCAACUUCAUGGACCACGACGAUCAGAAGGAGGCUGCCAUCAAGCUGAACGAGUUUGCCCCUCUGGUGGCUUACGGCUGUGACGUGCACCUCCGCUUCUUCCUCUGCUCCCUCUACGCCCCCAUGUGCACGGACAAAGUGUCGACCUCCAUCCCCGCCUGCAGACCCAUGUGUGAGCAGGCCAGGGAGAGGUGUGCCCCCAUCAUGAAGAAGUUCAGCUACACCUGGCCGGACUCGCUCGACUGCUCCAAGCUGCCGACCAGAAACGACCCCAACCGCCUGUGCAUGGAGGCCCCCGAGAACGAAACCCGGACGGAGGGGAAGAAAGGCGAAGGCAUGCUCCGUGCCCCUCGCCCCAGGCAGCCAGGCAGCAGCGGCCGCUCUCCGGGCGGCUUGGGAUCCUGCGAGAACCCCGACAAGUUCCAGUUUGUGGAGAAGAGCCAGUCGUGUGCCCCACGCUGCUCCCCCGCUGUAGACGUCUUCUGGUCCAGGCAGGACAAGGACUUUGCCUUCAUUUGGAUGACGGUGUGGUCCAUCCUCUGCUUCGUCUCCACCGCAUUCACCGUCCUCACCUUCCUCCUGGAGCCCCACCGCUUCCAGUACCCGGAGCGCCCCAUCAUCUUCCUCUCCAUGUGCUACAACGUCUACUCCGUGGCCUUCAUCAUCCGGUCGGUAGCCGGCGCUGAGAACAUCGCCUGCGACCGGGAGCACGGGGAGCUGUACAUCAUCCAGGAGGGACUGGAGUCGACGGGCUGCACCAUCGUCUUCCUCAUCCUCUACUACUUUGGCAUGGCUUCUUCGAUCUGGUGGGUCAUCCUCACCCUAACCUGGUUCCUGGCUGCAGGGAAGAAGUGGGGCCACGAGGCGAUCGAAGCCCACAGCAACUACUUCCACAUGGCUGCGUGGGGCAUCCCCGCUCUGAAGACCAUCAUCAUCCUCACGAUGAGGAAGGUGGCGGGAGAUGAGCUGACGGGGCUGUGCUACGUGGGAAGCAUGGACUCCGGGGCGCUCACGGGCUUCGUCCUUAUCCCGCUGUCCUGCUACCUGAUCAUCGGCACCUCCUUCAUCCUCACCGGCUUCGUGGCCCUCUUCCACAUCCGGAAAGUGAUGAAGACGGAGGGCACUAACACGGAAAAGCUGGAGAAGCUCAUGGUGAAGAUCGGCAUCUACUCCAUCCUCUACACGGUGCCGGCCACCUGCGUCAUCGUCUGCUACUUCUACGAGAGGCUGAACAUGGACUACUGGAAGCUGAGGGGGUUGCAGAUGAAGUGCGGGUCGUUCAGCGGUCUGAGCGGCGACUGCUCGCUGCAGACGUCGGUGCCCACGGUGGCCGUGUUCAUGCUGAAGAUCUUCAUGUCGCUGGUGGUCGGCAUCACCAGCGGCGUGUGGGUGUGGAGCUCUAAGACCCUGCAGACCUGGCAGGGCCUGUGCAGCCGGAAGCUGACAGACAGGACUAGAAGUAGAAAACCCUGCAGCGGCGUCAGCUGUGGCAGCACACACUGCCACUACAAAUCUCCUGCUGUGGUUCUGCACAUGGCCAAGACUGACCUGCACUCAGACAACCCUACACAUGUCUGAGAGGGAGCAUGACACACACACACACACACACACACACUGACACCUAUGCCCUGAAUAAGGAGCUGCUAAAGACUUUGUAAGAAGAUGAGUUGUUGGACUGAACUGUCCGUUGCUGCCCUGCUGCUGCAAAGGGACGGGGACACACAGGCCUCCCUCUGAGAAAAUAAUCUAUCAACAGUAUUCAAUGCAUAAAGGGAAAUGUUCAGUAUUGUUACCCAUAUUUUCUGUUUCAUAGUGUUCUGUGCAGUAGACAUGCUCACCAUUACAAAGCAACAACAAACAAUGGACUGUUAUGGGAGGUACGUUGGGAAAUAUUCUCCUCCCCAAAAGUGGCAUGAUUAACUGUAUAAAUCUGUAUAAAUGUUUUAUUUAUUGUACAUAUAUUUAAUUUAAAGUGGACACUUAUCAGAUUUGUUGUUUAGAUACAUUUAUUAAAAAGGUAAAGGGAAAUGAAGUGCCUUUUAUAAGAACUCUGGUUCUGGCCUUUUUUGGAGGAUAAUAAA